GUGUUUUACUAGUCCAGCCGAGACUGCGAGCCGAGCUGUCCCGAGCCGAGCUUUCCCGAGCGGAGCCGAGCAGAGCCGAAGUAGAUUAACGUGCUGCUUCAUUCGGCUACCAGCAGCUUAAAGCUCAAAGUUCCCCCUCAUCUCCAGGGUGACCGGUAAACGGUGGCGGAAUUUACCCACUCCACCUCACCACCAAAACACUGGAUCGUGCUACUUUCAAGCUGCAAUCAGAGAGUAUUUUCUGACUACUUACACGGCGAUACGGAUCUGCUGCAGAAGCUGGACUUGUGCUUCAUCUCUUCUCUGCUCUCACUUCAGGGGCUGCAGCAGCAGCAGCAGCAGCAGCAUCACACGUUUAAUGUAAGAGCAGACCUGAGAAGACUUCGAUGAUUUUCUGCCAUGAUGCAGCUUUAAUCGGUUUAACAAGAGCUCGCAGCGAUCAGAGAUGUCGACCACAGUUCCUACAACCCUUUCUACAACCGGCUCUUUUGCUACUUCUACCAAUGAUCCUCAGUCUUCAGAUCAGCUCAUAGUCGUUGUGGCUUCAUUAUCUUGUCUGGGGCUUUUUGUGAUGAUUCUGCUGCUGGUGUGUCAUAUCUACCGCAAAGAGCCUUGCUGCAAGACCACGUCUUGUGAGGACACUAGUGAAAACCUGGAGGCUUCGUCUCAAUACUUCAACAGCAUACAGAGUUUGGUGGGCCCAACCUGUGUCGACUUACCUAUCGAAGGCUAUAAUAACUUUAACCCUGAGUCUGGGCAGCUGUUUUAUGUGGGCAUGCCCAGCACAUACUGCAUUCCUCCUAUGGACCCGAACAUGCCCCGUCUGCCCUCUUAUGAGAGUGUGCGUAAGAAGGACCGACAGCGGGAGAUCCACAUGAUGAUUGCAGACCGCUUUGGACUAAAUGGACCCAUGCCAACAACAGAGCUCCCUCCUACAUACGAGGAGAGCAUUCGCCAGGCUCAUCAGUCCAUAGAGGUUCCAUUUGAUGCCAUACCAGCAGGAAUUCUACAACCAGAUGUGGACUUUCAGCCACCUAUGAUUGCCUUACCUCAAAAUGAGACUCUACCUCAGACCCCAACCUCACCUGGUAUUAAUUAUGCCAAUAACUAUUUUUACCCUGAACCUCAGGCUGUUGUGUAUCCUGCAAAUAUAUUGGAUCAGACUUGCGAUGAUCACCACCAAAUGAGCGAUACAAACAUGGAGCCAUAAGGAGAACACUGCCAGUAUGUGCCUCUUAUUUCACCUGACUUUGCUGCACUGCAGACUGGAACUUUGCUUAUCAGUGACUCCUGACAGCAGGAAAAACAGGAUAUUUUACUGGAGCUUCUAGCAAAAACAACAAAAAAGAAAAGUGCUGCUGUGAAAAGUGGCUCGAACUGGGACUAAACUUUCUGAAUCACUUUAUAAUCUCAGGUAAUUCUUAGAUAUGGAUCUUGUGCCUACUAGAGAGAGAUUGACAUCGAAACCACCGGAAACAGCAGAUUCAUGUCACUUUAAAGAAGCAUUUAAUGUUGUUUCUCUAGUUUUAUUACCUUUAAUUAUCUUACUGUUUAAAACAAUCAACCUUAAACUAUGUAAAUAGCUUAUUUCUAAAUGUUUAUAAAUGUUUUUGAUCUUUGGUAAUAGAUUCUUAUGUUUUCCAUGUAAACUACUUCUCAGGAAAUAAAGC